AAUUGUAUAUUUUCUUCUUCCUUUCUCCUUCCUUUCUCUCUCCUCAAACCCACAAUAUUUUGGUUCCGACUCCUAUCUCUGAUCAGAGAAUCAAACGGCUAAGAGAGGACGAAAUGGGAGGUCAAGAGAAUGUUAAGCAGCUUGAGGAGUGCUCAGUUUCCAACGCAUUGGGGACGUGGGUAUUUUCAGUAGCAGGAGCUUUGCUAGCAAUUCCAGUGGGGAUAAAGCGGAAAUCUUUAGCACCUCUAGUGUUCUUUGGAACCACUGGUACAAUGCUUGAUAUCAUUAUGGGAAUAAGUGCCUGUGAGAGGGAGCAUGCCGAACGCCAAAUGAAGCUAUUGGAAGCCCAAAAUUCUGUAGCUGAUUCUUCUACUGCGGAGACAGACUGACAUACCUAAGCUGUUUCUUGGCCUUGUGAAUUAUCUAAGAAUGUUCUUCGCUCUGUUUCUCAGCUUGUUUGACUGUAAAAGAAAUUAUUGUCCGAUAUAAUCUAUUGGAAAGCCUUUUUCUUUAUAGAAAACUUUGUCUUGAUUAUAUAUUUCAGUUUGCCAUGGCUAAGUUGCUGCUGGUGCCAAAAGUAUAAGCAUGAAUAAGAAACAUUGAUUUUCCAA